UGCCCUUUAUUUCUUGUUGAUCUUUACCACAAGUUCAGUUACUUGGUAUACACAGUAGAUAGUUAUUUCAUGUAUACGUAUGUAGAGCUGCAAAGAUGUCCUUAGGAGCUGUAAGAAAACUGGAGGGGAAGGUGGCAGUGUUGACUGCAUCCACAAGUGGUAUUGGCUACAGUAUUGCAAAGAAGCUGGCCAUGGACGGUGCAAAGGUCAUGUUGAGCAGCCGUAAAAGUGAUAACGUGGAGCGGGCGGUGAAGCAGUUACGUAGCGAGUGUGAGGGUGUGAGUGUGGAGGGGGUGGUGUGUCAUGUGGGCAAGGACGACCAUCGCAAGAACCUCAUCAAAGAAACUGUGUCCAAGUUUGGUAGACUUGAUAUACUGGUGUCCAACGCUGCAGUGAACCCAAUGACAGAGGGAACUUUGAUGACUUCUGAGUCUGCUUGGGAUAAGAUAUUUGAAGUGAAUGUGAAGGCAGCUGCUCUGCUGGUCAAGGAGGCCCACCCUCACUUGGUAGCCAGCGGAUCUGGAGCUGUGGUGUUUGUGUCUUCAGCUGCCGGAUACGUUCCCAAUCCUUUUCUUGGAGCCUACUCAGCAAGCAAGUCAGCUUUGCUUGGACUGACUAAGGCAUUGGCUGAAGAGCUUGCCCCUGACAAUAUCAGAGUGAACUGUAUAGCUCCUGCACUAUUCAGCAACAUGUCUGUGUGUGUAAUAUGGAAAGACCCUCUAGUGCAGGAGAUUCAAAAAAGAAGAAAUCCUACCUGGAGGAUAGGAGAGACUGAUGAGUGUGCAGGAGCAGUGGCAUUCCUCUGCUCUGAUGAGGCCAGCUACAUCACCGGGGAGACCAUCCCUCUCACUACGGUUGAAAGUGCUCGAUUGUGAGACACACAAAUUCAAAACACUUAGCUCAGAGAACAUUCUCUAACAAUCUUUUGUGUGUGCAAUGUGCCUACUCUUGCUCUCAGUACAUUCAACUCCUUGUUUACGAUUCACUUAUUUUGUGAGCACCUUGUUUUAUUGAAUCUAAUGCAGUGUCAUCAACUAUCAAUACCCUCCUAA